UCUCUCUGCAGAGAAGAGUGUUUGAAAAUACCGCACUGCAAACACAUGGUGUUGCCAAGCACUUUUCCAAAGUAUUGUACAUGGGAAAAAACCCAAACACCUCACUCCCAGUUUCUAGGAAAACAGUGGGAGGGAUCUGAUCUUCCUAAACACGCAUCCAUUAUCUCAGAUAAGCCUCCAGCAUAUCCACAAACCUGAACUCUGCCAGCCUUCCCACAAACUCCAGGCACUGAGAGCCCUUUGCUGUGGGGUAUUUAUAUUUCUUAAAAGCAGUGCCACAUCCUCCCUGCCCUGGAAACCCAAACUCCUCUCAUCUCCCUGCUGUCCUAGGCGGAGCGUGGCUCUGAUCCCACUCCUUGGAGCCACAGCUGAUGCUGCCCCUGGGCACUGCUGUCCCACUCUUUGUGCAUGGUGUGACCUGUGUGCUCCCCUGUGAAGAUCAGUCUGGAAAACCUACAGACAAAGGAUCAGCCUGGUCAAUUAUCAAACACAUGGGAAAGAUCCAAGUCCAGAGUGUCCCAGCCCCAGGAGCGCUGUGCCUGGCAGGGAGCGUUUCACAGCUCAGCCUCACGGAACCACACGAGGGGUGAGCCUUCAGCAGGCAGCAAUCCUCCCCUGGGAGUGGCACAUGCCAGUCAGGUAGAACUGGAUGGUUCUGGGAUCCCAGGGAGUUGCCAAUUCCGUGAGCAGACCUGCUCUGCUUUUGGAUGAAUGGCCCUGAAAAAGCCGCUCUGACUCAGCGGGUGUUUGUUCUGCGGAAACGGGGAGCCAUCCUUGUGCAUCAAUUCAGGAGCAUGCACAGGAAUUAAAUAUCCCACUGCUGCUUCCAGGAAAUCCAGCAAUAGAGGCAAUGGCUUUCUCAUUCAGUUCCUGCAGCUGCUGUCUGUCCAGGGGACAGGAUGUAGGACAAGUGAGGCUCUGGGUGAGCCUGGGGACAACCAGGCACUCUAAAAUGAAAUGAAAAAUCAGAGCAAGGCUGGAGAACUUUUUUCCCAGGACAAAAAAAAAGCCCAAAUUUUGCCUGGAAAUCCUGACAAGUUGCACAGCUACCAGAACAACUCCUGGGACAAAGUCUUGAAUGACUUCACAUGAAGUCUGAAUCCAGAGAGAUGCAAUUUAAUUCCAGGAGAGGUCAUCAGCCUGAUCUACUGUCCUAAAUUAUGCAGAUCAAAUCAGAUGACUGGACCCACUAAUCAUAAAUCAAAAUUUACACUCCAAGAGCAGUGAGAGAUUCAUUCACAACAACCUGACUCCAGGUUGGGAACCAGUCUCCCAGUUUUCACCUGGGAAAGGGAUAAUGCAGCAAAGAAGAGCCAGAAUCCCAAAGGACUGGGCUGGAUGCCCCCUGCCCCAGCAGUGUGAUCUCCUGCUGGCAGCGGCGUUUGUCUCCGAUGCGCAGUACAACAGGAAUAUUCCUUUUAAGACCUCUCCGGAGGCCGUCAGGCUUUAUCACCUCUACAACCACUGGAUGAUGCGAACAGCCACCUACUUCUUCAUCUUCCUCAACCUGUCCCUUGCCCUGUUUGAGGAACCUGCUGUGUAUCCGCUCCCCUUCCUGGCCACGUCAGUGCUGGAGGUGUUGUGCCUUCUGGUGUUCCUCGGCCGGCUGACACACUUUGCCAAAGUCACUCUGCACAACGUGUUCUGGAAGGACACCAAGAACAUCUGCAUCAUGGUGGCAGUCCUGGUAUCCCUGGCAGACCUGGCCAUAUAUGGGGUCCUCAGGCUGUAUGGUGUGAGGAGCAUCCGGUGGUCAAGGAUUGCGAGGCCCAUCUUCCUCAUCAACUUCGCAGAGAGUCGCCAGAUCCGGAGGGCGUUCCGCAGCAUCCGCAACACGCUGCCGGAGAUCACCUACGUCUUCCUGCUCUUCAUGUUCAGCCUCCUCAUGUUCUCCCUCAUGGCCUUGAAGCUGUUUGGAGAGAGGAAUCUCCAGACAGCAGAAGGCUUGCCCUACUUCAGAAACUACCUGGAGAUUGUGUUUGACCUCUACGUGCUGGUGACCGCAGCAAACAGCCCGGAUGUCAUGAUGCCAGCGUUUGACUUCAGCUCCUGGUACGCCCUGUUCUUCAUCGCCUUCGUCAUCGUCAACACCUACAUCUUCAUGUCUCUCUUCCUGGCUGUGGUCUACAACAACUACAAAAAACACCUGAAGAACGAGAUCUGUAAACUCGCCUACAUGAAGCGCCGCAAGAUGAUCGAGGCCUUCAACCUGCUGAAGGAAGAGGAGGGAGAGCAGUUCGUGGUUCGGGAAGCCCGCUGGAAGCAGCUGGUCAAGCUGGUGGCUCCUGACACCAGCAAUUCCCACCGGGAGCUGCUGCUCCGCAUCUCGGAUGAUGAGCAGAAAGGGUUUGUAGACAAGAAGUCCUUCGUGCAGCUGGCAGACCUGCUCAACAUCCAGGUGGUGACGCUGAAGAUCCGCAGGCACCCCCUGGCACGCUGGGUGCCGGCGCUCUACGGAUCCGCGCCCAGCCGGCUCCUGCGCGGCCUCGUGAGGCACAGGGCUUUUGUUUGGACUUAUGAUGCCAUCAUCCUGAUAAAUGCUGUCUUCAUUGCUCUGGAUGAGGAAAGCCCCUACAUUUCCUAUGCAGAGUGGGUGUUCCUUGCUCUGUACAUCAUCGAGAUCCUCCUGAAGGUCUACACUUAUGAACCCAGGGAGUUUUUUGGCAAAACCCAGUUCUGGAACUGGUUUGAUACUCUCAUCAUCUUUGCUGCCCUGACUGCAACGAUUCUCAAUGCCACCCUCAAGUCCACCAUGAAGUACAACAGCCAGCAGAUCCUGGACAUUGUGUUCAUCCUGAGAGUCCUCAGGCUGACCCGGAUUGUUGACAGCAUUCAGAGGUUCCAGGUGAUCAUGAACACCCUGAUAAACAUCGUCCCGACCAUGCUGACUUUUGGUGGGCUCACUCUGGUUGUGUAUUGUGUGUUUGCUAUCGUUGGCAUGGAGUUAUUCCACGGGAAAAUCCAGUACUUCCCAGCCAACUCAAAUGCUCCUCACGCCCUGGAGUGUGGGAAUCCAGCUCUCAAGGAUUCCCUGUUUGCCCGUGGGAAGUACUGCAAGAACAACUUCAACAACUUCGCCUCGUCCUUCAUCGUCCUCAUGGAGCUCACUGUGGUCAACCAGUGGCACGUCUUUGCCAAUGGAUUUGCCAACGUGACAGCUCAGCCUGCCAAGCUCUACUUCAUCGCCUUCCACAUUGUGAUGGUGAUAAUCAUUGUCAACAUCUUUGUGUCCUUCAUCCUGGAAGCUUUCUUUGUGGAGUACUCCCUGGAGAAGAGUGAAGUGGAAACUGCCAUCGAGCAGAAAAUCAAGGAGCUGGGAAUGGGAGUUCAAGAGGAUGAGCUCCAGCAUGAGCAGCUCCUUGACAACAUGGAGAGUGCAGAGCACGAGCUGGAGGGGGAAGGUGGAGCCAAGCCACAGAGCAAAGGGCUGGUCUUCAAAAUUGCCUCCAAACGAUACAGAACAGUGGAUGCUCUGCUCCAGCGCAUGUUCGAGGCAGAGAUACCCCUGGAGGAUGAAGGCCCUUCCUUUGAAGAGAUCCUGAACUUGUCCCCCACCUCGGCUGUUCCCAGGAGCCCGAGUUCCGAGAGUGCAGCCUGAGGGGGGAGGAUCAGGGAAUGGAGCUCAUUCCCGGCUGUCCAGGUGCUCCCUGGCUGCUCCCAUGCGUGGGGCCCGGGUGACACGGUGGGAACAAACAGCUCUGUCCUGUAAAGGAGCUUUAUCUCAUGUAAAGUCUCAUAUAAACCUCUGGAAUACGGGCAGGAGUCAGAGUCUCCGGCCGUGCCCGGGCUGGGACGGGGCCGCGGGCAGUAUGUUAUGGAAUAACUCCUUCUUGUAACUGGAAUUGUAUUGCAGCACUUUUAUAUGCAGCUCUGGAGCGCUGUACGCUGAAUGAAGCAGCUCUUUAGCACAAUAAAUUCAGCAGUUUGGAAAAAG